GAGGUGGCAGUGUGAUUGCCUCUAUGGUGAUUGCUUGGUGAUUGUUUUUUGGUUGAAGGAAGUGGGAUAGAAAAAAAGACAAUGGCUCUCGCAAGAUUUCUGGAUCAUUGUAAAGCUACGUAUACACAAAGUGCUAGAAUUUUCCUCACGGAUAAUGUAUCUAGCGAUGUCCUGAGACCAGUGCUUGUAAGACUGGAAACCCUUGAAAGGAGCAUAAGAUGGGCAAGAGGGAGGAUCCUCCAUCUUAAUGAUGCUGAUGAACUUCUUCCAUUAGUUAGCGAAUUUAUUCAACUUGUGAAAACCGCUUUGUCAACUGAGGAAGGUACCUUUGGAUAUCAAGCCCCACUGGUCCAGGCAAGUGAUUUUGGGCGAUCCAGCUACCAUGUCACCAAAGAACAACUGAGAUUCCUACUCUCAUAUGGAUUUACAGCUUCCCAGAUGGCUGAAGUCUUGGAAGUAUCAGUCAGUACAGUCAAACGGAGACUGAGGCGGUUCCACUUAUCUGAAAGCAUGAGGUAUGCACACCUUUCGGAGGCCGAACUUGACGAAGUCGUUCGGCAGUUGGUUGGAGAGAAUGAACAAAUUGGAUCUAAUGCUGUUCGGGCCAGAAUGGCUACUAUGGGUGUACGAGUUCAGCGGAGGAGAGUGAGGGAGAGUUUGAUCCGAGUGAACCCAGCCGGAGCUGCACACAGAGCACUAUCUCAUCGACUACACCGGAGAACCUACAAUGUUGCAGGUCCUAACUCUCUGUGGCACAUAGAUGGGAACCACAAGCUGAUCAGGUGGAGAAUAGUGAUCCAUGGGGGGAUCUGUGGCUUCAGCAGACUGGUUGUAUUUUUGCAAGCUUCUGACAACAACAGGGCUGGCACAGUGUUUGACCAGUUUGUUCAAGCCACAGCUAGGUAUGGUGUUCCAUCUCGAGUUAGAUGUGACCACGGAGGAGAAAACAAUACAGUUUGUUUGUUUAUGAAUAUCUAUCAUGGAUCUGAAAGAGGAAGUGCCAUCCGUGGUAGAAGUGUGCACAACCAGAGGAUCGAGAGACUUUGGGGAGAUCUUUGGCGAGGUAUGACUAAUGUGUACCACCAGCUUUUCUCCUUUCUUGAGAGUGAUGGAGUCAUUGACUGUACCAACGAGCGACACAUGUGGGCACUGCAUCAUGUGUACAUUCCCCGGAUAAACCGGGACUUGGAGGUUUUCAGGGAACAGUGGAACAAUCAUGGAUUGCGCACUGCUGGCUACCACACCCCAUAUCAGAUGUUUGUCAGAGGUUGUCUUCAGAGGCAAACAUCAUCGCUCACUGCCAUGGCAGAGAUUUUUGGACACAGACCUGCCCAAGAAGUUGCAAUUCCUGCUGUGGAUUGGCACGAAGUUGUUACAGUUCCUGCUAACCAAUUCAGUCCAACCCAGGCACAGAUGCAACAAUUGCAGGAUGUGGACAUUCUUGCAGGACCUGUUGGUAGUCUAGCUAUUGAUGCACUGCAAACCGUAAUUAAUAUUCUGCAACAAUAGCUUCUUGUCGAUUGUUUCUGUUGUAAUAAGGAUGUUCAACUAUUAAUUGUUGGCGCUCUCUCUCUCUCUCUCUCUCUCUCUCACUCUCUCACUCUCUCACACACACACACACACACACACACACACACACACAUAUAUGUAUACGUGUGUGUGUGUACAUACGCAUGUGUGUGUGUACAUACGCGUAUAUAUGUAUACAUUAAGGUCUCUGAGCUUUAAUUUUUUUAAGAUCCUUGUGUAGAAUCUUGGUGGAAUGCUUCCUGUACCGAUAAAUAAAAAAAUAAAAAACAA